AUGGCACUCUGGCGGGCAUACCAGCGGGCCCUGAAUGCUCACCCGUGGAAAGUACAGGUCCUGACAGCCGGGUCCCUGAUGGGCCUGGGUGACAUUAUCUCACAGCAGCUGGUGGAGAGGCGAGGUGUGCGGAAACACCAGAUUAGCCGGACCCUGACCAUGGCCUCUCUGGGCUGUGGCUUUGUGGGCCCUGUCAUAGGAGGCUGGUACAAGGUUUUGGACCGGCUCAUCCCUGGCACCACCAAGGUGGAUGCUCUAAAGAAGAUGUUGUUGGAUCAGGGGUGUUUUGCCCCAUGUUUUCUAGGCAGUUUCCUCUCGCUGAUAGGGGCGCUCAAUGGGCUGUCAGCCCGGGACAACUGGGCCAAACUCCAGCGGGACUAUCCUGAUGCCCUCAUCGCCAACUACUAUCUCUGGCCCGCUGUGCAGCUAGCCAACUUCUACCUGGUUCCCCUAUAUUACAGGUUGGCUGUCGUCCAGUGUGUUGCUGUUAUCUGGAACUCCUACCUGUCCUGGAAGGCACAUCGGUUCUAA